AUGGAGAAUUACCGCGCUAGCGCCUCUCGCCAGGUUUAUAACGGCCCCCAGCCGAGAUCGUGGGUGAAGACUGAACGAGACGCGAAGUCCGUCGUCCCGGGGCUUCGACCCGGCGGCCGCCGGGCACGGCGACAAUGGCCGGCCGCGGCGGGAAUGUUCUGGCGUCGAGAGCUCGUAACUUGCGAAACGGUAACGGGAGUCGUCAUAAAUUUUUCAAAAGAAAAUGAUUUGCGCGUCGGAGGCCCACCGGAAGGAGGACCUGCGACGCCGGUUGAGUUUUGCCACUCGGGAUGGGUCGGUUGCCGAAACUUGGACGGAUCUCGUCGACGAGCACUCGGGUUGCUGACCAUUCCGAAGACUGGCAGAGACCGGUACGUGGCGAUGGACUCGUCGGCUUCGGCGUCGCCCGUGGCGUUGCUGUCGUAG